UAAAGCUUCCAGAGAGUGAAAAAUAUUUAUAAACUGAAUUGAAAAUAAGAAACACAUUGUAAUUUUGAACAUAAUCACAAAAUCUUGAAUAUAUUGUGAGAGCUUGCUAUAUACUUGUUAACGAUGAGCUAUUCGAAGGGUAGCAGAGAUCAAAUGGGUGACUGACAAACUUCCAUAAAUCUGGAAUCAUUUCUGCGACGAAAGCACUUCAUAAGCUGUGUGGAGUCGGAUUAAUAACUUGAAGAGUACUCAAUUGUCGGAAGAUAAUCAGGGAUCACUUCACAAAGGGGAAACAGAAAUUAGUAUAAUUAACACGGGUGGAAAAUACAAGGAUUGGGACACCUAUUGCGUCGACAAGUUUCUCAUGCUCAAUUUUCAUCCAGGUUAUGACCCACGCACUAUUUUGAAAUGUCUACUGCCUUAGCUAUCUAAAACCACACUAAACGGCGGUCUCCUAAUUUAAAGAUCUGGACAUCUGCACGUUAUCCUGACUAUUCAGCGCACUAGGUUAUCAAAAAACGAGGUUCCACCACUAAUCUAGAUCUAGAUGUUCGUGGUCGUCAAAUGCACUGGCGAGGCCGGCAAAUCCACUUUCUUGAAACAAAUGCACAUAAAUUACGGCGAAGGUUUUUCCACUGACGCUCGCCUGGAAUAUAAGCGAGUCAUACAUCAGAAUAUUCUGACAGCGAUGCAGUCGAUGCUGAAUGCCAUGAAUGUGUUGAGAAUAUCAUACGACAAAAUAGAAAAUGCGCUGAUGGCAAAUACCAUUUUGAUCGCCAAUGUUGACGCCGUAACAGAAUUAGACGAGAUGACUUUGUUAACCAUAAAAUGUCUGUGGGCUGAUACGGGGGUACAACAAUGCUAUGAACGACGAAGGGAAUAUCAGAUAAUUGAUUCGGCGAAAUACUUCCUUGAUAUGUUGGAUCGUGUCACACAGCCCGAUUACGUACCCACAAAUGAUCACAUAUUGCAUUCACGUGUUGUUACGACUGAAAUAGUGGAGCACGUUUUCGAUACACAGCAAAACAAAACGAAACGUAAAAGUAACAAACGCCAGUUACUUCGAAUAAUAGAUGUUGGUGGACAACGAUCUGAACGAGAAAAUUGGUUACAGUGUUUCGAUGAAGUGACAGCUGUCAUAUUUCUAGCAUCGCUCUCAGAAUACGAUCAGACAUUAAUUGAGGAAGAAGGUUUGAGCCGCAUGGAGGAAUCCAAGAGCCUCUUUCGUGUCAUAUUAUCAACCGACUAUUUUCAUAAAUCUUCGAUUAUUCUGUUUUUAAAUAAAAAGGAUUUACUGGAACAGAAAAUAGUGACCUCACACUUAGUGGACUACUAUCCGGAGUAUAAAGGUCCCAAACAAAAUGCGGACAGUGCAAAACAUUUCAUACGCCAAAUGUUUGAGGCAAUGGUGGAUAAAGACCGUAUAAUUUAUACACAUUAUACAUGCGCCACGGGUACUGGCGAGGCUGGAAAAUCCACCUUCUUCAAACAAAUGCACAUCAAUUACGGCAGAGGUUUUUCAAUUGAAGCUCGUCUGGAAUAUAAGCGAGUCAUACAUCAGAAUAUUCUGACAGCGAUGCAAUCGAUGCUGAAUGCCAUGAAUGUGUUGAGAAUAUCAUACGAUAAAAUAGAAAAUGCGCUGAUGGCAAAUAGCAUUCUGAUCGCCAAUGUUGAAGCCGUAACAGAAUUGGACGAGAUGACUUUGUCAGCCAUAAAAUGUCUGUGGGCCGAUACGGGGGUACAACAAUGCUAUGGAAGACGAAGGGAAUAUCAGAUAAUUGAUUCGGCGAAAUAUUUCCUUGACAUGUUGGAUCGUGUCACACAGCCCGAUUACGUACCCACAGAUGAUCACAUAUUGCAUUCACGUGUUGUUACGACUGAAAUAGUGGAGCACGUUUUCGAUACACAGCAAAACAAAACGAAACGUACUAGUAACAAACGGCCGUUACUUCGAGUCAUAGAUGUCGGUGGACAACGAUCUGAACGACGAAAAUGGUUGCAGUUUUUCGAUGAUGUGACAGCUGUCAUAUUUCUAACAUCGCUCUCAGAAUACGAUCAGACUUUAAGCGAGGCCAAAGGUUUGAGCCGCAUGGAGGAAUCCAAGGGCCUCUUUCGUGCCAUUUUAUCAACAAGCUAUUUUCGUAAAUCUUCGAUUAUUCUAUUUUUAAAUAAACAAGAUUUACUGGAAGAGAAAAUAAUGACCUCACACUUAGUGGACUACUAUCCGGAGUAUGAAGGUCCCAAACAAAAUGCGGACAGUGCAAAAUAUUUCAUACGCCAAAUGUUUGAGGCAAUGGUGGAUAAAGAUCGUAAAAUUUAUACACAUUAUACAUGCGCCACGGAUACGAGAAACUUUCGCGUCGUAUUUCUGGCGGUGCAGGAUACAAUAAUGAGCCAUUACCUGGAAUCAAUCGGCAUCAAUUAAGCUGCGGCCUUUAAGUCUAAGCGAAAAAGUCUGUAGAAAAAUUUAUAAUUUUAAAUUUUCCAUUAUUUAUUGUAAGAAAUAUUAUGUUAAUUAUAGUAUAUAUUGCAUUAUGUUCGCUUAACAAUUACAUAUAUUUUUAGUUUGUAUAAAGUAAAUAAUCAUAAAUCAGUACUAUUUUGAAAAUGUGAA